CGUCUGUUAGCUAUACGCGGCUAGUACCCUAACCGUUUCACUUCAGUUCCGCUGCGAGCCUCUCCCGGCCCCGUUACUGUGAGGGCAUGACCCUCAUCCAGCCACUUACACAUUGGUGUCCUGAAAUCGCAGAAAGGAGCGACUUCGGCGCGCCGCCAGUCGGCCGCGUCGCCUCCGAGGAGCCGUUCCUCUCUCAAUCGCUCCCCCUCGGUCGCAGGUGACCCACCGAAGCGAUCCAUGCACCCAGGUUGUCAUGUCGUGUCUGUUCUGGUCCUCAGGUUCUAACUUCUGGGGCGGAGGGGUCUUGGCAUGGUUGAGGUGAGCUCCUGCCUCAUCCACCCCCUCUCUCUCCCUCUUUCAGAUACCUGGAGGUGACCGUCCAUCUGUCCGGUGCUCUCGUUGGCUUAUUUCAGGUGCGCAGAAUGUUCACAUAGACGCUGCCAGAUCAGUGGUUUGCUAUCCGUCAGGCUUGUGUAGUGGCCCAUGUUGAGGCCGGCCUUUCGGCUCCGCGGUAAUCGCUGGUUGGCUGGAGGUCCGUCACCCUCCCUUGGCGUCGGGGGCGGAGAGGUUCACCUGCCCAUUGCCGACACGGGGUAGUGUUUGUCUCGCUGGUCCUCUUCUCUGCCUUCAGGUGGGGCCUUUCCGCUCCGGGAUAGGACUCGACCCUGGCUCAGCAGGACCAUCACGGCUGCUCGUGGGCCUCCCGCCCAUCCGGUCUGGGUGAGCGACGAGUUCAUUCAUUUUGGGUGCUGGGUGUGUCUCUUUCAGGUCCGUGGGGGUUCCCUCCUACUCAUGCCUUUCUUUAUUGCUGGCCCCCUUCUCCUAUCCCCUUCCGGCGACGUCACAGGGACGAGGCAGCAUCGAGCGCCCUGCUGUGCUUACCUCCGCCUGCAAUUGCGGGGUGGUAGCCUACACAAAAGGUCUUUCUCUCUUCCUGUACGUGAUGCAGGGUUCCUUCCGAGUUCUUCGUGAGUGCUGGUGAUAUUUGUUUGUUUGAGUGAGUGAAGUAGGAGGCGAGCAUGCGUCAAUGGCUGGCUUGGCCAGGCCUGUAUGACCAUGCUAUCGUCAGGCAGAUGAUUGUUGUAUGAAGGCCGAUAGUGUACGGAUGUGUGUAUGUUGGACUCGAUGAAUGUGUAUGUGUGGGUGGAUGCCCAGCACGUUCGUGCGUAAUCGUCAAUCGGUAGUCGGUUCAAGUAUAACGCAUAUAUGAGUCUUUCAUCCAUGUGUGGUGUCGCCCCUGGGCAUGGUGCGCCCCACACACACAUGUAUGCAAGUCAACGCCAUGCAUCCCUCACGGCCCAUACACAUGGACAAUGUCAGCCAAGGCACCGCCCUCACUUCGACUAAAUACUUGAGGCGGCUCUCCAUGCCUGGCCAUGCGACGAAUGGGCCGCACACAGACAUGGCCGUGGGCACACAAGUGUCCAAGGGCUCUGGUUCAUGCUCGCCUGUCGUCCGUCAGACGACUCACCAGGUUGGUGUGGUGGCCCAGCCACUCCAUACUUGCCUCUGGUCCGCAUGGGACCGUUUACUCUGCCAACAAAAAUGCCAGGACGGCCUUCUCGGCCCCAGCCUCUGUGGUGCUUCACACCCCAGGGGCAGUCAGUUUCUCUCCUCUCACCAAUUAAUUUGCGUGUGCACUCUCUCUCUCUCGCGCGUGCUCUCCAUAGACACGUAAUCACGUAGUCAUCAGGGGUCGGGGCUCAUCAUCAGGGUUGACGGGCUGUGAGACAUGUGUUGGUGCGUCUCAGUCCGAUAUACACAAUGGGCGUGGAUGGACGACAGGGCUCAGAUCAUGUGCUGGAGUGCACCCCAUAUCCGUGUUGAGACGCGGCUGCCCUCCACACGUAGCACCGCGCUCGGGCUCAUCCUCGGCAAGGCAACUUCACGGAAGGUCCAUCAGCGGGUCGGGCCGACGGCCCGCCCAGCUGACGGAAGGAGGAGAGCCAUCUUGGGGGAUUACUCACGCUUCAUGGCGCCCUGUGCCUUAGGCUGAAUGGGGGUGGCCCCUCUCUCCGGGUAGGGAAACUCUUGGUGUGUCUCUGAGGUGAGGAGGGGUGGUGAGACACGAGGCUCACCAGUCACGCCCUGAUGUUGACUUUCCUUGGAGUUGGUGGCUUGAGUGUGGUGGGAUAGGAAGGGCACAGACGACCUACGGACUGGGAGUGGUCAGAAGCACUGAAAAUACGACAAGUAGGGAAAAGUUGGGAAAAUGAUGAUUUUGGUGAUCGGGAUGAAGCGAAAAUGGCAGGAAUGUCGAGCCGUUAGACACAGGUUUUUCCCUGUGGAAAACCACUUUUUCCCGGGAGAAAGUUCACUUUUUCCAGGAAGAAAGUCAUUUUCUUCAGGUAGAAAACCACUUUUUCCCGGGAGAAAACUACUUUUUCCCGGGGGAAAUUCAUUCUUUCCAGGGAGAAAGUGAAUCUCUCCAGGACGAUGGAAUAUUUCCCUUGAGUGAAAUAUUCCAUUUUACGGAAUCCCAAACCCUGAGUCUCGACGGGGAAAUGGGCACCCCCCUCUCCCUUCUUUCAUUUGUUUUCCGAAAAAGUGUCACCGACAAUGAUCUGGGUGUGCUCAAGUACGUACCUCGUGAUUCGGUCAGUGGGAGAGUGAUCCAAGCCAAAUGGGUCUUCAAACAGAAACCUGACCGCAAGAAGGCACGGUUGGUCGCCAAGGGCUUCGAGCAGGUGCUGCGAGACGACGAAGAGACGUACGCACCCACGAUGUCUGCCCAGGCUGUGCGUACCUUCCUGGCGGCAAUCCAGAAGAAUGGCUGGCCCAUGCGUCAGUUGGACGUCAACACGGCGUCAGGGUUGAAUGCACCAUUGGACAACCCUGUGUAUAUGGAGUGCCCCGAGGGAUACGAGAAGCCAGGGUGCGUCAUCGCUGCAGAAGGCCAUUUAUGGGCUGCGAGAAGCACCGCGUGCUUGGAACCAGCUGCUGGUGAAAUGGCUGAAGUCCGUGGGCUUCGUAGCUCUCGAUGCAGACCCCUGCAUAUUCACAUUCAACAGCAGACAGUUGUGGUUGGGCGUGGUGGUCGAUGAUAUCGUCUACACAGGGAGCGACGCUGACCCGAGAUGGUUCCUGGACGCAAUCGGACACCCUGAGACGGGUCGAUUUGCCAUCAAGGAUCUGGAUAAAGUGAACACCUUUGUGGGCAUCAAGAUCAGUCAAGACAAGGAGAAGGGCGUGAUGACCCUGUCGCAGGAGAAAUACAUCAACAGCAUGGUCGGAGAAAUACAUCAACAGCAUGGUCAAGAAGUUCCGGGUGGAACAUGCUGUGCCUGCUACGUCACCCCUGCCUCUUGGUCUGCGCCUUACCAAAGACAUGGGACCGAAGACUGAGGAUGAGGCGAGAGAGGCACUCAAGCUGCCGUACAGAGAGCUGGUGGGAAGCCUCUUAUAUAGCGCCGUCACAGUGAGACCUGACAUUGCUUAUGCAACGAAGGAGCUGACAAAGUUCUACAGCUGCUGGGGCAGGACUCACCAAAUAGGGACUCACUUCAAGCAUGCGUGCCAUGUGUUGCGCUACCUGAAAGCAACCGCCUCUCGUGGUCUGGUCUUCAAGAGCACACCCACGGCUGACGUGCUGUGGUGCCCGCAUUGUGGUGUUCGUCAUGAGGAGCCUCCAGUUGGCGAACACCUCAUCUGGGCAGGCUCGAAGGUCAUCAACCUGCACAAGCCACACAAGAUUCACGUGUGCCACAAGUGCAGCGAAGGAUGGGAUGAAGGCAGGCCGUAUCUUGGCGUCAUACCUGGCGAUGCGAACGACGAGAGCGCACCCACAUUGGUGGCCUACUCUGAUGCGUCGUGGGCCGACCAGGAGAACUCCAAGAGCACAGGCGGCUUCAUCAUCUACUUGGAUGAGAAUCCACUGGCCUGGUCGAGCCCGACAGAGUCAGAAUGCAUCGCUGCGAGUGACUGCACGCGUGAGUUGCUGUACCUCAGGAAUGUGCUGGAGGGGCUGGGGUUCAAGCUGCCAGCUGCUGUUCUGUUCGGUGAUAACCAAGGCUGCAUACAGAACAUCAAGAACCACCAGGCGUCCAAGAAGACGCGACACAUUGCCAUCAAGUACAACUUUGUGCGUGAUACAUACCAGCAAGGGCUGAUCAAGCCCGAGUAUGUUGCGUCCAAGGAGAACGUGGCUGACGUCCUGACGAAGGCUCUCCCUGUGCCUCAACGCGCCAAGCUGACCUGCAGGUUGACUGGGCUGGUGGGCGCUGACAGCCUCACUCUGAUGGACGAACCUGAGAGUAAGAAAAAGAGGUAGAAGACCAACAAGGAACCGUCCAAGAGUGCUGCUGUGUAGAAAUCUGGCUGAACCAAGGAAGGGAGAGUCCCAUUGUGUUUGUGUGUGAGUGAUGGGCUGUGAGUGUUUUUGCUUGGCGUAGCUGUUGUCUUGCUUGAAGGGGGGUGCCCUAGGCACUCUCACACUACUCUGCUUUCCUGCAGUUAAGUGGCUGGGAUUUGAUGGGUUGGCUCAGUCGCCGUUCAGCAAGAUGCGUUGCGUAGAUAGGCUCUCUUUCGCUGCAAGAGGGGUAGAGGGGCGUAGAUCUGUCGGGGCUCAUGCUUUUGCCUUUGGCCCUCGAGUCGUAUGGGCGGAGGCCUCCAACCAUGGAGAUAUAUCCACAUAUACCUUCCCAUAU